UCUGUGUAAAUUGAGUUAGCGGUUCACAGCUGACAACAACAAUUGCAUACACAAAAAUCGUCGUGUAAAUGAUGAUGAGCGUUUAUACACGGAAACUUUUGUCGACGCGAUUUUUCACAUUCCCUUUUGGUGUUGCUCAUUUCAUUUACACACGGCGAUUUUUGUUGCCGUAACUCGACGUUUGUUGGAGAGAGCGCGACGAGGAAAGGAGAGGGGCACCGAGUUGCUCGUGCUCGGGCAACACGCUUUGUGCUCUCGUUCUUCUCAAUAUCGUUAAGUUGGCUGGAAAUUAGUUUGACGUUUCUCUUCAUUUCUUUUCUUCAUUGAUUUCAUCUUCAAUCAAUAUAAAGCGUGGAAUUUAACCAUUACAAAAGUUAAAUGAAAAUAUUUUUAUGCUAUCUUUUACGUAAAUUAACAUAUGCAUAUACAUAUGUAUAUCACUAAUAUUUCAGUAAAGAUGGAAUACCACCAAAAAGUCGAUUUACUGAAAAAUGUUUUUGAGUGCGUUGCGGAAGCCGUAGAAAUGGAUUCGGAAGAUAGCGAUAAGGCUGACGCCCUAACAGGACUAGUUGGUAUGUGCCAAAAAAUAAUAUCUACGCCAGUACCAAGGAAACGAAAGGCGAUGUGGGUAAAGGUAUGGAGGGAAAAAAAAGCUGAGAAUGGGUCUUUCGUAUUUUUAACAAAAGAUCUAUUGCUCCAUGACAAAGAGGGCUACAAAAACUAUUUGCGGAUGACCGAAUCGCAGUUUAAUCUUCUGCUUUCAUACAUAGAGCAAGAUUUGGUGAAGCAGGAUACUCAAAUGAGAGAUGCAAUUACGCCUGCAGAAAAGCUGUGUUUGACGUUGCGAUUUCUUGCCACUGGAGAAACAUAUCAAAGCUUAAGCUUUCAUUCGAAAUUGUCAAAAUCGGCAAUAAGUGGCAUAAUCCCGGUAGUGUGUGACUCUAUUUGGCGUAGACUAAAAGGCUUACAUAUGAAGUUUCCCAACAGUCCUUCUGAAUGGGAGUCGAUAGCGUACGAAUUUGCUAUUAAAUGGCAAUUCCCAAAUUGCAUCGGUGCUUUAGAUGGCAAGCACAUCACCUUCCGACCGCGUCGCAAAGAUGGAGCAUUCUACCAUAAUUAUAAAGGAACGAACAGCAUUGUUUUAUUAGCGCUCGUCGAUGUGAACUGUAAAUUCAUUUUUGUCGACAUCGGAUGCAAUGGAUGCAAUAACGAUGCGGGCGUAUUUUUGCAAAGCAAGCUCUCCACAUUUUUACGUGAAGAAAGAGGAAUACCCAAGAAUGCUACCAUCGGUAACAACCGGAGUCUUCCGUUCGUUGUUGUUAGCGAUGAUGCUUUUCCCACGCAGAAGCACUUAAUGAAGCCGUACCCUUAUCACUCUAACUGCCGUGAUAAGCAAGUUUUCAAUUCCCGACUUUCACGCGCCAGGCAUGUUGUUGAGCACGCGUUUGGCAUUUUGGCUAACAGAUUUCGCAUCUUUCUCGCUCCGAUGAAUUUGAAAGUCGAAACAGUAGAAAAUGUUACCUUCGCAUGCUGCGUUCUACACAAUUUUUUAACUUCAAAUAGUACAUUGUCUAAUGUAAAUAAUGGUAGAGCCGAGAGAGUUACUGCAGCUUCAAGUCAAUACAAUCCGCGAAGGGGAGAAGCAGAAGCUAUUCGGCAGGAGUUCAUGGCAUAUUUUAACAAUGAAGGCAGGCUAAAUUGGUCACAAAAUGUAUAAACAAAUUUUACAAAGAAAAAAUCUUGAGUUCCUUUGAAUUAGAGUUAUUAAAAUUAUCGUCAUAAAAGAACUUGAUAACUUACGGAUUUUUUCUUGGAUAUAAAGGCAUGAUAUUUUAUAAAUACAUUAAUACGUUAAGAUUUUUAUGAAAGCCUUUUGUAUGUAUUUUUACCCAAGUGCCUAUAAUUUUCACAUUUAUGUAUUAUUCAAUUUAGAUAAGGUGUCUUAAUGUAUUUAUAAAAUAUCAUGCCUUUACAUCCAAGAAAAAAUCCGUAAGUUGUCGAUAAAUCAAUGUGUAGCUCCUAAUCCAUUAAUCCGGUUCGAAUAUGUUUUUGACUUGGAUGAUGGAAAAUUUAAUGAACUUCAUUUAUGUAAAAGAAAAAUUUCAGAUUGGCCAACUAUGUCCAAAAAUUUGUACUUGAGUGAAACUUGUAUUUUUAUUAAUAAA